AUGAUGGACAUGCACUCUGUAGCUGCCAACUUCACCGGAGUCGAUGCCUGCUACCUCGGAAACCACAAUGGCUCGUGGCCGAACGGGACGCUCGGAGCGGGAACGUGGACCGAGUUCGGGAAAUAUUCGCCGAGUAUGGAUGAGAUGAUGGCCUGUCAAGCUGGCAACGACCCGUGGUCGGCGAGCUACAAGUACGGCCUCUGGACGACCUACUUCUUCCUUGCGCUCUUCGUCGCCGCCGGCAUCUACAACGCCUUCCUCUCGCUAGACACGCUCAACCGCAACGCGACCCUCCUCUCGCCGUUCGCCAUUCCACCGAGGAUCAAGGCCAUCGUCCGCUCUCUCGACCAGCGGAAAAUCUCCGGACUCUUGCCGGAGGUCGGCGUCGUCUUGCUCGCGACCGUCUUUGCGGCUUUCAGCCUCGCGGUGUGCUUUGGUAUCAGGCCGUACUACCGGCCGCCCAACUUUGGCUCGUCCCCGCUCGGUCUCCGCAGCGAAUGGAUCGCAACAGCCCUCAUCGUCUGGAUCAUCGCAACAGCGACUAAACGCAACCCUCUCUCCUACCUCUCCGGCAUCCCGUUCCACCGCCUAAUGUCCCUUCAUAAACUCCUCCCCUGGUUCUGCCUCUUCUUCGCGCUCGUACACACGGUUGCGAUGAUCAUCAGGGCGAACAAGCAGCAGCCUUGGCGGGUUACGCUUGCGACCAACUCGGCGUAUGGGUGGUCGGCUUGGACCGCCCUCGCCUCACUUGCCUUCCUCUGCCUCGCCUCGCUCCCGCCCAUCCGCCGCCUCUCGCACGAGUUGUUCUACCCAGCACACAUCGUUGCCGCGAUACUCAUGCUCGCCGCCUGCUACGACCACUUCGAGGGACUCCUCGGCUCGUGGUCAUACCUCUACGCCGCGGUGGUCCUCCUUGGGUUUGCGUUCGUGCACCGCUUUGCGGCGGUUGCGUUCGUCUCGCGCUUCUUUACGAGGCCGGAGACUGCGGUCGUCGAGAUGGGCGGCGACAAUGUGCUGGUCGUCAAGGUCGACGUCCGGAAUGCCGAGAUGAAGUGGUCUGCGGGCCAGCACGUCUUUGUCCGCUUCCUCACCCUCCAUCCUUGGUCGACCCACCCGUUCACCAUCGCCUCGCUCGACGCCUCGACCACUUCUUUCUUCCCCUCUGACCCGCUCAAACGCCAGAUGAAGUUCUUGAUCCGCCCUCACUCAGGCUUGACCGCCCGCCUCGCUCACCUCGCCACCUCCUCUUCCUCACCCCUCUCAGUCCCAGUCCUCCUCGACGGUCCCUACGGCCCCUCCUCCCCCCUCUCCACCAUCCUCUCAGGCUCCAACUCCGCACUCCUCGUCGCAGGCGGAACAGGCAUCUCCUUCGUCCUGCCUUUGCUCUCUGCGCUCGUUGAAGGGACGGAGGUGCAUGCGGUAAGGAGUGUGAAGCUCGUUUGGGCGGUCAGGAACGCGGAGUGUGUGGAAUGGGUCAGGCAAGGGUUGGAGCGGGUGGUAGGGUUGGUCAAGGACGAGAAGGAGAAGCGCGGGAAGGCGGGAGGCGGCUGGAUGGGCGUCGAGAAGCUCGAAGUCGACAUCUUCGUCACUCGCUCGGAGACGCUUGUGCUGGGAGGGAGCAAGGCCUCCUCGUCCGAAGAUCUCGGCGGUGUUCAGGAGGUCGCGUCGCCGCCGCUCGUCUUGCAGUCCGGUAGGCCUGACAUCGCCAAGACGGUUGACACGGCGACGAGGACCUCACAGGACAGGCUUGCCGUUGUCGCUUGCGGCCCGUUCUCGCUCCUCCACGAGACUCGCAACGCCAUCGCACGCGCACAACUCGCCAUCGCCAUCCACGGUACCGUGAAGAGCGAGUCGGAAGGGAAGCCGGUCAGGGGCGUGGAGGAGAUUGUGUACUGGGAGGAGAAGUACGCUUUGUGA